AUGACACCAUCAGAAAUUCUACAAUCUUUAGAUCUUUCUUCAUUAAUUAAGGAACAAUGUGAAAUUACUAUUCCUCAAAAAGUUCAAAAUAUAACAAGUUAUCAAGAAUCAAAGACUUUUGAUAUUAAAAUUUGGAGAAUUAUUCUUAUUCCUAUAAUCUUACCAAUAUAUUUUAUUUAUACGAUACCAUCAGCAUUAGCAACAUUUAUUAUAUUAUAUUUUCCUAUGAUAUAUAAAUUUGAAUAUUUACUUUGGAAAAGAACCAGAAUUAUUGGAAUUAAUCGGAAUAUUAUAUUUUUUGGUGCAAUAAUUACUACAAGUUUAGGUGUAAUCUAUAAAACUUUAUUUAAAACAUUUGAUGAAGGACUUGAAUUUUGUAGUAAUGUUGCAAUGAGUAUACCAGAAAUAUGUGGAUGUAUGGGUAGGUAG